AUUUUCUGGAAACAACUGUUGACGACCUGAGACUCGCGGCACGCAACAAGAAGCCGUCCCGCCAUUCUUCGAGGCCGUCAGUGUCAGCGUCACUCACUUCACUCACUUCCGCACGCACACAUAAUCAGUCCGUCGGGCCAAGGACGAGGAGACAGGUCACAGGACAGGCAGACAGCACAGCACAGGGCAGGACAGCACAGAAUAGGACAGGACAGCACAGCACAGCAUAGCACGAGACAGCACAGGCAAAAGGACAGGACAGGACAAUACAGCACAGUAGGACUGGACGUCGUCAGAUCAGAAGUGAAGAGACCACCACCACCACCACCACCACCAGCAGGAUUUGCGCCUGCCGCACUCGCUUCCACACAUACGCACGCACGCACACACACACCAUGGCAGCACACGAUUACUACAGCGCCCAUCCGCCCACCUACAACUACAGUCCGAGUCCAUACCACGAAUACUCCGAUCCACACGAUGCCCCUGUCCCUCCUGUGCCGCAGCAGUCGCCCUUUGACGAUCGAGCGAGUCCAUAUCCUCACCAAUCACCGCAGCAGUCGUAUGCCGGAGCGGGCGGGCGAAUACACCACGACGCAGACCCCUUUGAUGAUGGCAACGCAAUCCCUUUGAAUGGGAGGAAGCCCAAGCAUGACACGACGGAGAUUGUCUCUCCAGUUCUACCGCACGAGCAAGACGAUCCCUUCGUGCGCGAUGCCGAGCCACGAGGGGAGAGAAGGCGCAAGCAUCGACACGCGCCGCCUCCAGAGCAAGGCUGGUUCAAAGGCAAGAUCACCUGGGUGGUGUUCGUCUUGACCUUUGCGCAGCUGGUCGUCUUUAUUGCCGAGAUCAUCAGGAACGGCGUGCUCACAGGCUCGCCCAUCGAGAUCAAGCCUUCCUUCAAUCCCAUGAUCGGCCCGAGUCCCUAUGUGCUGAUCAACAUGGGCGCGCGGUACCAGCCAUGCAUGCACACCAUGCCCAAUGUGCAAAACAGCAGUGUACCCAUCUCGUGGCCCUGUCCAAACGCUACCGCGACCAGUGGCGAUAGCACUACCUGCCAACUCUCCGAUCUGUGCAACUUUAAUUCCGACCGGAACCCUCGUGUAAAUGGCUCUCUGGACGAUACACCAGCACCCGAUCAGUGGUGGCGAUUUAUUGUGCCAAUCUUCAUUCACGCUGGCAUCAUUCACAUUGGCUUCAAUCUGCUGUUGCAGGUCACCCUUGGUCGCGACGUCGAACUGCUGAUUGGCAGCGUUCGUUUUGCCAUCUUGUACUUUGCCUCCGGCAUCUUUGGAUUUAUCUUAGGUGGCAACUUUGCGGCAACCGGCAUCGCAUCGUGUGGCGCAUCGGGCAGUCUGUUCGGCAUAUUAGCCAUCACACUGCUCGAUUUGCUCUACACGUGGAAAGACCGAAGAAGCCCCAUCAAGGACCUGAUGUUCAUCAUCAUCGACAUCCUCAUUGCCUUUGUUCUCGGUCUGCUUCCUGGACUUGACAACUUCUCUCACAUUGGAGGUUUUCUCAUGGGGCUGGUUUUGGGCGUGUGCCUGCUACGAUCGCCUGCAGUCAUCGCUCGACGGACAUCUGCCAUGAUCGAUCCUGUCUAUACUCAUGUUGCUUACCAGAAUGAUCGCAAUGCGAGUAUGAAGACCUUUAUCAAGGAUCCAGUCGGACACUUCAAAGAUCGUCGCGGUCUCUGGUGGGCAUGGUGGGCUGUCCGUGCCAUUGCACUAGUUGGUGUACUUGUUGGUUUCAUCCUGCUGCUCAAGAACUUCUAUGUGUGGAGGAAUGGGUGCUCAUGGUGCAAAUAUCUGUCUUGUCUGCCGAUCAAAGUGGGUGGAACGGACUGGUGCAGUGUCGGUAACCUCGACUUCACCAGGACGACGACCACCAACAGCGGAUCGACGUGAACAUUGGUAGAUUUGGUCAGGGAUUGAUGGAGCAUGUGAAGGAGAGAACAUUACAGUUCAUUUGUACUUAGCGAGGCGUCUGGGGUCAUAUCGGCGGACUACACGAAGACGCGUGUAGUCAGAGCAUCUUUAGAGAGAUAUUGAGAGAAAAUCAGAGACCCUAGGAAGGAAGUGUACAGGAUCUGUAAAAUCUAAUUAGCGAGCAAAGAAGAUGAACUGCUCUACUGGAGACCGAGCGCGGCAUUCCUAUUCAAAUCACAAAUCGAAUUCGCUCUUGAAGGUCCUCCCUGCAUGACGGACAAAAAAGACAAAAGGUACAUGUAGUCAUGCUACCUCAUUGAGCCAGAUGAGAUGGCAAUAUGUAUA